AUGGACUUUGUUAACAAGUCUUUGUCAACUGAGCAGGUUCAGAUUUGGGAUGAUAUGAAUACUGGUCGUAAAUAUAAGUAUUCUAUGACAUCAGAUUCGGUGAUUAAAUCUGAGAUUAAUAGGAAUGGAACUGUUAUUGUAAAAUAAAUUCUUCCCACAAAUAACUGGACGGAUAAAUAACAAGCAAAGGCUAGAACUAUCAAAAAGCACUAAAUUUUCUACAAAGUCAGCCAAUAUUCUUCCCAAGAUCAAAGCAUGAAUAAAAUAUGGUGAAAACUCUCAAGAGACUACAAGAGAAAUUGCUCCAUCUCAUAUUAGAAUGAGCAAAUCUACACAAAAAAUAAAAAAUAUUCACAAAAUUAAGCUUGUAAACUCUAGAAACAUUGAAUAUUUCUUAUCCCAAUCUGGCUCUAGAGAAAGUUCCAGAAAGGAUCUAAAUGUCUCCGGGGAAAGCUCAUUUGACCUUAAAAAAUCUCUUAAAUAUCAACCAUACCAGCAAUCCCCUGAUAACAUAAAUCUCAAAAACUCCCCCAAAAAGCUAAUUCCCAAGAAAAUAAACAUAACUAAACUGGCCGAGACCCAAAUUAACUUCAGAACACCGAAUUGAAGUACUCAAAAAGCCAAAGACUCUAUUUUGAUUAAAACCAGAAGAAACAGGAUCACAACGCAAGACACUUAUGAUAUUGACACCAAGACAAAUUGGUUCCAGACUAGAGAAUCUCCUAAGAUUCGGGACAAUAUUGAACAAAGUCUCAGCAGCUGCAUCUCUAAGCUAGAAGAAAAUAGAACUAUCACUCUUCGAAAAGACUCAUGAAUAGAAUCAGACUCUAGCGAUGAGGAGAAGAUUACUAAAGUUCAUGGUAAUUUUGAUAAAACUCCGAUCAAACUUCGAUCAGACGUACUCGCCACUAUCCGCCAUGACACACCUCCAAGAAUAAAUAAUACAAAGAAAACAAAGAAGUUCAAAUACCCAAAAUCCUAUCUAAAAAGCCCAAGUGAACUCUCCAAAACAGAUCGUCAAAACCUAUUCAAAGCCAAUCCACUCUACGAGAAACAGUUAAAAAUUAUCAAAAAGAAGGACAUGGCAAAACUUAUCGAACGCAAGAAGGGCAGACAACUAAUACAAAAACUAGUCAUCGGCAAAAUGAAGAAAGAAGAAAAGGAAGUUGUCAAGAAGAUCCUUGCCAAUAUCUCAAAUGCCUAA